AUGAUAACCGCGGUAGAUGAGAAGCACAUCAAGGCGGUGGCCGAGUGCCCAGAAAAUCACAGCGAUGGCGAACACCCCGAAAUCGAUUGGACGCCGGAGGAAGAGCGGCAGCUGGUGCGAAAAGUCGACUUCCUCAUCAUGCCACUGUUGAUCCUCGCCUUCUUUGCCCUACAGCUCGACCGUGGCAACAUUGGUAAUGCCUUAACGGACUAUUUCCUCAAGGAUAUUGGUAUAACACAGAACCAAUUCAACGUUGGCCAACAGCUGUUAUCGGCAGGCAUAGUCAUUCUUGAAAUUCCUAGCAACCUCGUUUUAUACCGCAUUGGACCAACGCUCUGGAUUGGAGGACAGAUCGUGGCCUGGGGCUUGGUCGCGACCUUCCAGGCUUUCCAAAAAGGGCUGGGCGCAUACAUGGCGACUCGAAUACUUCUAGGCCUUUGUGAGGCAGGAUUCAUUCCUGCAGCUCUCUUCACCAUGACGCGGUGGUACAAGAGGGACGAAACGAGCCAGAGGUUCUCGUGGUUCUUUAUCGGCAAUAUGCUAGCUGGCGCCUGCUCAGGCCUCAUUGCGUACGGAAUCUUACAUAUGAGAGGCAUUGCUGGACUUGCUGGGUGGCAAUGGCUCUUCCUGCUUGAGGGGAUUUUCACAGUCUUGGUCGGUAUCGCCUUCUUUGUUUGCUUUCCCUACCAAGUCAACAACCCAGUUUCAAUGUUUGGCUUCCGCUACUUCUCGGAGCGGGAGACUGAAAUCCUCUACAAGAGAGUCAUGAUCGAUGACCCUUCCAAGGCUCAAUCAAAGCGCUCGGUCAGCUGGCCAGAGCUGAGAUCAGCGUUAACUAAUUGGAGACUGAUUCCGCAUGUUAUCUUCACUAUUGCUGCUCUGGCGCCAUCCUCUACUCUAUCAUCUUAUGCUCCCUCUCUCGUGAGCUCCAUGGGGUUUGAGAGAUUAGCAUCCAAUGCCUUGGUUUCAGUUGGCGCCUGGCUCCUUAUACCCAUCAACCUACUAUGGGGUUUUGCUGCCGAUAAAAUGAGAGUUCGUGGCCCAUGGGUGUUCUUAGGCCUGUUGAUAUUCUGGGGCUUCAAUCUUGGCAACUACCUGCUGAUAGAUGCUGGCCGCAAUUCGAGGUUUGCUAUGUUGACCCUCUCAACAGCUUUUUCAUUCCCUUGGCAUCCCGUUAACGGAGCGUGGGUUUCUGCCAACGCCAAGUCCGCCGGUGAACGGUCUAUCACAAUGGCUAUCCUGAUCAUGGCGGCGAACUGUUCGGGCAUUGUUGGCAAGCAGCUAUUUAGGGAAGAGGAUGCACCAAAGUAUCGCAACGGAUGGACCGUUAUUACAGGCCUCACUACUGCCGCCGCGGCUUGUGGUAUUUGGGCCAACGUGCAGUACUACAUUCUCAACAAACGCAAGCUGAAUCGAAUGGGGCUCUAUUAUCAGUACUGA